UACGCCGUACGCUACGGUAUAAAAGACGACGCAAAUCAGGGAAACGGUCAAAACAAAAGCUUCUACCGGAGGGAACGUUUGCGUCCAAGAAGCAACAUGCCUAGCCUUUCCGUCGUGUUGGUGACACUCGCCCUGGUGGUGGUAGCCUCGGUCGCCAGGCCCCCGCCCCAGGGCCCCGCACCGCCGCAGGGUGCCCGGACGGACGGGUUCCUGAACCUGUACCACGGCCUGGAGUCGGACGUGAGGAGGGUACCCCCUCCACCGGACGGACCCAUCCUCCGGCCGCCUGUGGAUCACGGCCCCGCACCGCCCCAGGGUGCCCGGACGGACGGGUCCCGGAACCUGUACCACGGCCUGGAGACGGACGUCAGGAGAUUCCCCCCUCCCCCGGACGGACCCAUCCUCCGGCCGCCUGUCGAUCACGGCUUCUGUACCGACUUCCUCAGAGGUUUGUGCAGGGUGUCCGAGUGGAGUAGCUGGAGUCCCAAGACGUCCAUAUUCGGCUGCAGCACUGUGUACCGAACCCGCCAGGUGGCGCACAACCCGCUGGAACACGACCGGUGCUGCCCGCCUCUCCGGGAGGAGAAACAACAAUGUGGCAAACCUACACGGGAGCAGACCCUUGACGCCUUUGCGAGAGGUUUUCUGAGCAAGGUCGGCCGAAGGGGGUUCCAGGCAGCCGACGACGAGGAGCCCUCCGUCAUUGACAUGGUCUUCGUCUUCGACAAGAGUGGCAGCGUGAGACCGGACAACUUCAACCGCGCAAAGGAAGACAUUCAGAGCCUGCUCCAGAUCUUCCCGGCGCCGAUCGACCCGGCGAACACCCGCGUGGCAGGCAUGUCGUUCUCCGAUGUGGGGAAGACUCGUGUGGAGUUCGACUUCACCGCGCACACCAGCCGGGCUGCCGUGCUGUCCGCCAUAGGGAACAUCGCCUACGAAAGUGGUUCCACGGCUACAGCCGUCGCGCUGAACAUGGCGAAGGAUGACGUGUUCGUGUCCACGGCGGGGUCCCGUCCUGCCGCCGCCAAGAUCCUGUUCCUCAUCACGGACGGGAAGUCCAACACGGGCGGGAGUCCCACUCCUGCCGCCGACGCGCUGAAGGACGCUGUCAACGGUCCCGGGUGUGAGAUUUUCGCUUUCGCCGUCGGUUCGUCGGUGAACGAGCCGGAGUUACACGACAUCGUGUCCGAGCCGGUUCCCGAGCACCUGUUCUACUCCGACAGCUUCACGGCCAUGUCCCGAGUCAUCGACGACGCCGUCGUGUUUCUUCACGCCAAAUUCGGUAAGCCAGCUGAUCUAGACGUCGACGUCGACCUCAUCCGUCCUGUCGAGGGCAUCCGACCCGACGUCACCCUGGUUCGACAGCCCAUCGCACCGGUCAGCAGACUGCCUCCGGACCGCAGGUUUCUACUGAGGUCCGACAACAUCCGGGCACCGCUGGCGCUGAGUCGUCGUCAUGACUACCAGAUCCUGGAACCAAUCCCAGCAGUCGGUCCUGCUGGUCCUCUCACACUCCGCCUCGGAGACGUCAGGGAGGAAGGGGAACCUCAAGACGGUGAGGAAGCUGCUGAAGACGGUCUGGAAGAAGAAGAAGAAGGAGAAUUCGAAAAUGAUGAAUACGAGAGUUCUGAGGAGAACGAGAGUUCGGAAGACGACGAGAGUUCGGAGGAGUACGAGAGUUCGGAAGACGACGAGAGUUCGGAGGAGUACGAGAGUUCGGAAGACGACGAGAGUUCGGAGGAGUACGACAGUUCGGAAGACGACGACAGUUUGGAGGAGUACGAGAGUUCGGAAGACGACGAGAGUUUAGAAGAAGACGAGAGUUCGGAAGAAGACGAGAGUUCGGAAGACGACGAGAGUUCGGAAGAAGACGAGAGUUCGGAUGAAGUGCAGCACGGUCACAGUUCCGACGAAUUCGACAGUUCGGAUGAAGACGAGAGUUUGGAAUCCGCAGAACCAACGGAGGACCCUGAGUUCCAUUCCUGGGGUCGACGUCAUCGUGGCCGCGGGGGGCGAGGUGGCCAAAGGGGGCGGCAGAAUGGCAGAGGCCACGGCAGAGGCACAGGGCGUGUUCCGUAUGACGAUAUGGAUUUCCCGUGAGAUAACAAGUGCUCAUAAUUAUGUUUACCGAAGGAAAACCUAUUGUUUUUGCUCUGUUUCUUCUUCUUCUCCUCAAAGCAAAUAAGGUCAAUGAUCUGUACCAGACGUCUGUCAUCAUGGUAAUUAGUGUUGGGUUACAUCAUGUUGCAAUUUUAUAGCAGGAGGGAUUUAGACUCCUGUCUGAACAUAUAUGAAUGUGUUUGAGUAAGAAUUAACAGAGCAGACCAUAUGUGAAGGUAAACAUUAUGCAUUUGCUUUGGGAAAUGUUACCUUUCUAGUUCAGUUAGCAUCAAGUUGAAGUCUAUCUGCAAGGUGUUGCUAUAAACUUAUAAGGAAGAAGUAUUUGGUGGCUGGUACAGUUUGACCGCACCGUUUUUCCGAUAAUGUGUUUUAUACUACACUUUUUUUACUGUCUUUACUAUUGCAUUCAGCUGUUAACGUUAGAUGUUUUCCAGGCCCGUUCUUACAAAGAGAGGUUUUGCCUAGUAGUGUCUAUUCUCCGAGGAGACAUUUUCUAUAGAAAUGUGUCAUAAUAUAUCAUAACUGGUGUGAUCUGUCUUACACUAUAGGACAUGCAGAGAUGUUACUUAAUUUUGAUUAUCCUUUUUUUUUUAAAUUCUGUUAAUCUUUCUUGGCUUUGGUUGGGUGGAAUGAUAGUAUAGGAUUACCGUGUCAAAUUUGUAUAUGUCCAGAAUUUCUAUUCAUUCUUUCCGAUGAUGGUUUAAAAAUGCAUUAAAGCUGCUAUGGUUAAUAUCA